UGUCAAUAUUGUCAAAUUUUAUGCCGGAGUCUGAUGAUCUAUUCUUGUUUCAGAAAUAAAUAAGAAUAGUAAAAAAUAUCAACUAGACUUUCAAAAUGCCGAUUAACUUACAAGGAGUACGUCAAUAUUUAAGUGAAUUAAGAAAUUCUGGGGGCUUGCACAAAGACCAAGCUGAAAAGUACCGUAAUGUUCUUAUGGAAAUACUAAAAAGUACAGAAACAGAAUUGGCUGAAUCAUUAAAAGCUUUUGUAGAAGCAAUUGUAAAUGAGAAUGUAAGCCUGGUGAUAUCUCGUCAGCUCCUGACAGAUGUGAGCACUCACUUGGCAUUGCUGCCUGAUCUCGUCUCCCAGGAAGUCUCACACUUUGCUCUUGAUGUCAUUCAGCCCCGAGUCAUCUCUUUUGAAGAACAGGUGGCCAGUAUCAGACAACAUUUGGCAGAUAUUUAUGAGAGGAAUCAAAAUUGGAAGGAAGCUGCCAAUGUGCUGGUUGGGAUACCACUGGAAACUGGACAGAAACAAUAUUCAGUAGAUUAUAAGCUAGAGACAUAUUUGAAGAUUGCCCGACUGUACCUGGAGGUUGAUGACCCCGUGCAGGCUGAGGCCUUCGUCAACAGAGCGUCACUCCUGCAGGCAGAGACAACUAAUGAACAACUACAGAUCUAUUACAAAGUUUGCUAUGCUAGAGUCUUGGAUUACAGAAGGAAAUUCAUAGAAGCGGCGCAGAGGUACAAUGAGUUGUCGUACAGGAACAUUAUUCACGAAGACGAGAGGAUGACGUGCUUGAGGAAUGCUCUCAUCUGUACUGUGUUGGCGUCGGCAGGACAACAGCGUUCCAGAAUGCUUGCUACCUUAUUCAAAGAUGAAAGAUGUCAGCAGUUACCAGCGUAUUCUAUUUUGGAGAAAAUGUACCUGGACCGGAUCAUCAGGCGUUCAGAAUUGCACGAGUUCGAAGCUUUAAUGCAAACGCAUCAGAAGGCUACUACAUCAGAUGGAACCACAAUCUUGGACCGCGCAGUUUUCGAACAUAAUCUCCUGUCUGCUAGUAAAUUGUACAAUAAUAUAACCUUUGAAGAACUGGGCGCAUUGUUAGAGACACCGCCCGCCAAGGCGGAGAGGAUUGCUAGCCACAUGAUCAGUGAAGGCCGGAUGAACGGAUACAUCGAUCAAAUCAGCUCUGUUGUACAUUUUGAAACUCGUGAGAUUCUACCACAAUGGGACAAGCAGAUACAAAGCCUGUGUUACCAGGUGAACAGCUUGAUCGAGAAGAUAGCUGCUGCAGAGCCAGAGUGGAUGGCUAAACUCAUGGAGGAAGAAAUGAUUCAAUAGCACUACUACUCACUGUAUCUACUGUUUUUACUAAUAUAAUAUGCUCUUCAAAAUA